AUGGCUGAUUCUGAUGAAGAAUAUAUUGGAGCCAUUUCUGAGGAUGAAGGCGAUGACAAUGUUGUUCGUGGUUCUCGAGGCGCGGCCGGUCCGGCUUCGAAGCGAAGGAAGCAAAAAGGCGGAGCGGAAUUCGAGCUUUCGCGGACAUGGGAAACUUUAGUUGAAGGUGCUGAUGGCACGAUCAGCUCAACAGUCGAAGGGCUCUUAGAAGCCAGUAAGAGGAAGAGGCUCUUGAAGGACACAACACCACUACAGCGCGGCAUAAUACGCCAUGUUGUUUUGGUUUUGGACUUGUCACAGUCAAUGAUGGAGAAAGACCUGCGGCCAACGCGGUAUCUUUUGACUCUGCGAUAUGCACAAGAGUUUGUGAGAGAGUUCUUUGAGCAAAACCCCAUCUCUCAGGUUGGCAUUGUUGGAUUGAGAGAUGGCCUUGCGCUCCGGAUCAGCGACAUGAGCGGAAACCCUACAGAACAUAUUAAUGCAAUACAAGACUUGAGGAGUCAAGAUCCGAAAGGUCUUCCUAGUCUGCAGAAUGGGCUUGAGAUGGCCCGAGGUGCGCUAUUUCAUACCCCCAGCCACGGAACUCGAGAAAUUUUCAUCAUCUUCGGCUCGUUGCUUUCCUCUGACCCUAGUGACAUUCACCAAACGAUUACUACACUUAUUGAUGAUAAGAUCCGGGUCGGAAUUGUGGGACUUGCAGCUCAGGUAGCAAUCUGUCGUGAACUAUGCUGGAAAACAAACGGUGGUGACGACACCUACUACGGUGUGGCUCUUAAUGAACAGCAUUUCCGAGAGUUAGUGAUGGAUGUAACAACCCCACCAGCCACAUAUUCCCAGAAACAAUCCACAGGCUCCCUCUUAAUGAUGGGCUUCCCAUCGCGUACCAUUGAACCAUUCCCGUCUCUUUGCGCCUGCCACUCUAAUCCCACUUCCCGGGGGUACCUAUGCUCGCGAUGCAAUAGCAAAGUUUGCGGUCUUCCUGCGGAGUGCCCAUCCUGUGGUCUUACCUUGAUUCUAUCAACCCAUCUCGCACGGUCCUAUCACCACUUAUUUCCUUUGAUGAACUGGGUUGAAGUACCCUGGCAACGUGCUUCUCGCAGCAUUGCUUGUUUCGCCUGCGGCAUACCUCUUCCCGCCGUUCCUCCGAAGGAACAAUGGCAGGCCACUGAGAAUCUUGCCAAGGGAAUGAGUGUAAGCAGUCGUUACGAAUGCACGAUUUGCAAAAAUCAUUUCUGUAUUGAUUGUGACCUCUUUUCUCAUGAGGUGGUGCACAAUUGUCCUGGCUGUCAGAGCAGGGUUGCAUACCAUCCCCUUGAUGGUGUUUCUGGGGGACAAGAUGGUCUAAAUCAAAUGGAUAUCUCAAAAUAA